AAACUUGUUGUUCCACUGUUGUCCACACACCUGUCAACUGCUGUGACUGCUGUCAACAAAAAUGUAUUUUUAUUAACAUAUUUUUAAAAGAAAUUAACGCGAGUGAAUGAAUAUUUCGCAGAUUUUUAUAUUUUAUUUAAUCUCAAACGUUAUUGUUUAAUUAUAAAUAAUAUUAAUUUCAAUCAUGACUUAUUUAAACUCAUGGGAAGAAUUUGAAAAAGGAGCUGAGAGGUUAUAUCUUCAAGAUCCUUUGAAAGCCCGUUACACAAUGAAAUAUGAUCACAAAAAAGGAGUACUCGUUUUGAAACUUACAGACAACAAAACAUGUUUGCAAUAUAAAACGGAAAUCGCUCAAGAUUUGAAGAAAAUGGAGAAAUUUAUAGGAAAUCUCAUGCGACACAUGGCCUCAAAGGAUAAUUAGGAAAAUGAAUUAGGAAAACUUGAAAAAAAAAGUUUUGUUCCAUUUUUUUUUAAUGUAUGCAUCGAAUGGUGGGAUUAUAGACAUUUAUUUUGUUUUUGAGGUAUAAAAAGUUUCACUUAAUUCUUAUACAGUAUGUGCAAUUACAAAGAACUAUUUUUUAUUUAAAUUUCUCUUCAUUCUAUUUUGGACGAUUUCUUGGUCUUCGUGUAAGAGUUCUGCAACAACAACAACAAAAUCAACUUUAAAAUAAUAUUUUUUAUUUGCAAUUUAAUCAAUGAAAAAAAUACAAAGCAAAUUAACUUAUAAUAUAGACGAGAACUAUUUUUCAUUUUGUAUUUUAUAAUAUUGUAUAUUUUAAUAUGGAUUAUUAAAAAUACAAUAAUGCUCAAA